AUGGCUAUGCCCCAGAUGAACCUCAGUGCCGCCGAGCAGGCCAAAUUGCAAAUGAUGCAAGAAAUGGAAAUUGAAAUGAUGUCGGAUUUAUAUAAUCGCAUGACAAAUGCUUGCCACAAAAAGUGUAUACCACCACGCUAUGGAGAGGCUGAAUUGGGAAAAGGCGAAAUGGUUUGCAUUGAUCGCUGUGUUGCCAAAUAUUUGGACAUCCAUGAGAAGAUUGGCAAAAAACUAACCGCCAUGUCCAUGCAGGAUGAAGAUCUCAUGAAGAAAAUGUCCAACUAAGCGGAUGUGUGGCACAUUUACAUUUAUUUAUGUACUAUAUUAUGUAUGCUAAAGCAAUAUUUGCUUAAAUUUCGUGGUUACUCUAAUUUUGUUGUAGUUCCCUGUUUGAAUAAAAUGUCAUAGAACCUCCC